AUGAAGCAGCCCUCUUCAACUGUCACAGUCGAAUCUGCGGACGAGGAAAAGUUGGAGCAAGCGGGCGCAAAAGAGCAGGCAAAAUUACAGCGUAAUUUUGCUGUAGCAGAUCAUGAUCCGCAGGGCGAAAAGAUACACGCGAUGGUGGACAUGUCGACCAUCAAGCUCACAGCAGAAGAUCUGUACAACAAGGAUAUGGUCGACAUUGAGCAGCUCAAUCUGGACGAUGUAUGGACUUUGCUCAAAUGCAAGGCUGAUGGCCUGACGGCUGGAGAGGCUCAGCGCCGCAUCGACGUGUUUGGCCCCAACAAACUCGAGCACAAAGAUGAAUCGGCUUUGCUCCAAUUUCUGUCGUUCAUGUGGAAUCCUCUCUCGUGGGUCAUGGAAGGCGCUGCCCUUGUCGCAAUUGCACUAUCAAACGGUCAGAACCGUCCACCGGAUUGGCAGGAUUUCCUUGGCAUCGUGCUGCUCUUGUUCAUCAACUCGACGAUCGGCUUCCUCGAAGAGCGCAACGCCGGCAAUGCCGUCAAGGCGCUCAUGGACUCACUCGCACCGAAAGCCAAAGUCAAACGUGACGGCGCAUGGAGCGAGAUCGAAUCUUCAGAGCUCGUGCCUGGGGAUGUCAUCUCUUUCAAGAUUGGCGAUGUCGUGCCUGCCGACUGUCGGCUCUUUGAUGCCAUCAAUGUUUCGAUCGAUCAGGCGGCACUCACUGGCGAGUCCUUGCCUCAGAGCAAGCGCGUCGAAGAUCAAUGCUUCUCAGGUUCGACGUGUAAGCAGGGCGAAGCUGAAGCAGUCGUCAUUUCGACCGGAUCCAAUACCUUCUUCGGUCGAGCAGCAACUCUGGUUGGUCAGGACGACGACUCGACCGGUCAUCUUCAGAUGAUCCUCGCCAAGAUCGGUUCCUUCUGCCUCGUCUCGAUCGGCGUCUUCGUCGUCGCAGAGAUCCUCGUGCUAUACGCGGGAUUCAGAUACUCUUAUAGACGUGGGCUGGAUGACAUCCUUGUCCUGCUCAUCGGCGGUAUUCCCAUCGCAAUGCCGACCGUCUUGUCUGUCACACUGGCGGUCGGCGCUCAGCAACUUGCAAAAUAUCAAGCAAUCGUCACUCGUAUAACCGCAAUCGAGGAACUGGCUGGCGUCACGAUCCUUUGCUCUGAUAAAACUGGGACGCUCACGACUAAUAAGCUCACGAUUGAUCGGACCACCGUCAAGACGUAUGCCGAGCUGUCGGCCGACGAGGUCUGCCUCGAGGCUGCCCGAGCUUCACGUACCGAGAACCAAGAUGCAAUCGAUCUAUGUGUUGUCUCCUCGUCCGGCGGUCCAGAUGCCGCAAGGAGGAACAUCAGAGUCCUAGACUUCAAGCCAUUCAACCCAGUUGACAAGCGUACAGAAGUCACCUACAUCGAGGAAGACUCUAGUAUCAUGCGGCGCGUCACAAAGGGCAUGACAGGCGUCAUCAUUGAACUUUGCAGUCGUGGCAAAACCGAAGCUAUCGAGACUCAGCUCGAGACUGACGUCGAAGAAUUCGCUCGCCGCGGUCUUCGCGCUCUCGCGGUCGCGCACGAGACUGUUACUUCUGACGACAAAGAUGGCCCAGGCGAUGGCUUCCGACUGAUCGGUCUGCUCGCGAUCUACGAUCCACCUCGUGAUGACACUAGGCAGACGAUUGAAGAUGCCCUCGCUCUUGGUGUCAAGGUCAAGAUGGCAACAGGUGAUCAGCUGGCGAUUGCAAAGGAGACAGGUCGUCGUCUCGGUCUUGGUGAUCACAUGUAUCCUGCCAAAGUGCUCAAGGACGGUCCUGCACCUGGCGGCAAGCACUUGACGCUCGACGAGAUGAUCCUGGAUGCGGAUGGUUUUGCCGGCGUCUUCCCAGAGCACAAGUAUGAAAUCGUCAAACGUCUACAAGGUCUAGGUCAUCUCGUCGCGAUGACAGGCGAUGGAGCAAACGAUGCGCCGGCGCUCUCCCGUGCGAAUGUCGGCAUCGCUGUCGAAGGCGCCACCGAUGCUGCUAGGGGUGCGGCUGAUAUCGUCUUGACUGAACCUGGUCUGUCCACAAUCGUGCACGCAAUCCGGCAGUCCCGCGUCAUCUUUCAGCGGAUGCGCAACUAUUCAAUCUAUGCUUGCGCAGUCACGAUCCGUAUCGUUGUCUGUUUCGCCGUCCUGGCAUUCGCCUUCAGGUUCAAUAUGCCGCCUUUCAUGAUCCUUUUGGUCGCCAUUCUCAAUGAUGGCACGAUCAUGACACUUUCUCUGGAUCGUGUCCUACCGUCAAUGACGCCCGAUACGUGGGAUCUGGGCGAGAUAUUUGCUUAUGCUAUUGCGUAUGGCGUCUAUCUCUCUGCGGGCACGAUCAUCUUUGUCGUACUCAUCCUCAAGACGUCCUUCUUUGAAGCCAAGUUCGGCGUCAACCCCAUCAAGGCUAACAACGACUACCAGCUGCACAUGAUCAUCUAUCUUCAAGUGGCACAGAUCUCACAAGCGCUCAUCUUCAUCACUCGCUCACACUCCUGGUUCUUCGUUGAGCGGCCCAGCCUCGCCCUCUUCGGCGCCUUCUGUCUGGCGCAGCUCAUAUCCUCUAUCAUUGCGGCGUAUGGCGAUUGGGGCUUUGCCAAUGUCGCCAGGAUCAGCGGCGGUUGGAUCGGUAUUGUCUGGCUCUUCAAUCUUUGUCACUUCUGGGCGCUCGAUUUGCUCAAAUUCGGCAUGCGAUACGCCUUGAAGCGCGUACGUAGGACUACCACGCGCGAGGAGCCCGGAGCGACCUCGUCUGAUACGCAUCCGCUCGCUCGGAGCUCCUCGCGUGUGUCUCUGCACGAAUCGCUUUACUCGAACCGCGUCAGCUUCCUCCGUCGAGCUCAGCGUCGUCUACCUGGCCUCGGAAAGCGGCGAAUCGCGAUCGCACAGAACGAACUCGAACGCUAUUCGACUGCGUCCAUUCAUGGCGCUAGCGAGCAACUGAGGGGCUUGAAUUAA